UUCAACGGGGAAAGCUUUAUUUUAUUUAACUCGAUUUAUAAACGAAUUGAUUUCUACUGUCGUAGAACAAUAUACAAAAGGUGUUAAUUAUGUUAUUUGUGACCCUAAGUGUUUGAAUAUAAAGGUUUACAAGUUUAUAUAAAACUUAUCAUGGAUCCCUUUACUCAGCGCAUGUUGGAGCGAGCACGGGCCAGACAGGAGAAAAUCGACCAGAAACUCGCUAGUUCCGGUCAAACACCAAGACGUAAACCGUUAAGCGAGAACGUUUCUAUUCUGAAAAAGGACGUUACACCAACGAAAUCUCCUAGUAAAGGUGCUAGAGAAUCUAUCUCGUCGCCGAGGAAAUCUUCAAGAGAGUCAUUGAAAUCAGAAUCUCCUAUUAGAUCGCCUAGGAGCAGCAAGACAGGUGCAAAUGGUGCAAUAGCAAACAAGCCUCGAAAUGACUUUGUAGUGACGAAAAAAGAGUUUGGUACACCUAAACGCGAUAGUAUCAACAGACGAAACUCGGACGUGUCCGUGGAGAUUAACAUUAUGCACAGAAAUGACAUAGAGAUUGAAGUACAAGUGGAAGAAAGAGAUGCUCCUAUUGAUGUUGUUUAUAACAAAGAGAGUGGAGUCGUUGAGAAAGAAAUUGAAGAUGACACCUCUAAACGUCCGUUGGAGACGAACCUUGACGAAGUGGAACAAAAGACUGAAAAGACCGGCGUGAAGAACAACCUGAGGAACAAGUCUAGACUUGACAGACUCGGGAAUCUGUAUUCAGAAACCCCAACCCUCUCGUCGCCUAUUCACCGCACGGAACAAGAUUUCCACUCGACCACACCUCCCAAGGUCCAGGAGUCAAAGACCAGACCCAGGGACGGGAAGAAAUUCGGCAGACUCGCGGCUUUGGCUGACCAGAUCAACAAUUGGGAGGAUGACCUGACACAUCAUAAUAUUCAUCCUGAACCCGCAAAAGACAAGAAAAAUCCAAUGAGACCCGCAAAAAAGGAAAAACAUGACGCGUCCACCCUCGACAUCUCAAUACACUCAAUCAACGAUAUCAAUAAGGCACUGCACACUGUCAAAUCUGACCAGACCUCAAAAUCAUCAUCAUCGAAACACACAUUCACAAAACCAAGCACGCCGCUCGACAAGAAAAUUGUUGCUGAACUGGAACACGAGGGCUACCGUCGCGUCUCGGCCAGCCAAUCGCGGCUCGUUUACGAUUUCACCACGGAAACCGCCGAUCGCACCCGACAGGAGCCGAAGCGGACAUCGACAACCCCCAGUGCAGCUGCAACCCCCAACAUGGCUGCCGCCGUGGCCUACAAGCCGGCGAUUACAAAAAAACCUUCAAUUAAAAAAUAUAAAGCCCCCACGCCGCCUGUGGAGGAAAAUUGUGACAGUGAUAAAGACAAGGAAAAUAAUGUGCUGGUUACUGAAGAAAAUCAUAAUAAUGAAACGAAUUGUGUACAAACAAAAGACUCUCCUAUUAUCAAACGCUUCGCGCCAAUAACGAAUAAUGAUAGAAGUUCAGUUCUAUCCAGGGCAGCUAUGUUCGAAGCUGGGAGUCCGAAGGCUAAGGACCCAGCAGAGAUGUCCCUUAGGGAGCGUAAAGCGCUAUUUGAGAAGAAUAAAGGGGCCGCUAUCGUGCCUAAAGCACCGUUCGGCCAGGCACCCUCCGCUAAAACCCUCAUGGGCGAUAAAGACAAAAAACCGGCAGUGCCAACCACACCGUCAAAAACUAGACGAAACUCCCAAGACGAAGACAGUAUCAGUGUGACCUCCGUCGGAGGGAUCAAAGGCAAACUGGCCGCUCUAUUCAACAAGGAGCAGACGAUAAGCGAGACGACCAUAGCUAACAAGUUCAAGCAGGAAAGGGAGAGGGAGAUGGAGAUGUUGCAGAACAGAUUUCAUUAUAAGCCAAAACCAGAACCGGAACAGCCAAACGACUCAGACGAGGACCAAAACGACAAUGAGCCCUCAGAGAAGGCCCCUCUCAUGGGCAGCACCACCAGCCUGGCCCCUAAGAAGCCGGAGGUCAUCGCUAACAUACCCAAAGUGACGUUCGAUGAGGCCAGGAAAGCGGAGGAGAGGCGGGAAAAGAUUGAGGAGAAGAUUGCUGGCGCGCAGCCUGUUAAGAGACGAAGUUCCCAAGACUCGCCCGUAGUCCUAUCCGUUCUAGAAGACGUAAAAAGAAUAAAAGUGAACAACAAGAAGGAACCAAACGGCACGGUCACCAGCCAACCGGCCAGCAUAUACCCUCAUCUAUCCGACAUAGAGACAGACAACUCCAACACACAGGACGAAUACUCCGACUGCGGGGGCUCGAGCCAAGAGAACAUAAAUGACAAUUUGAACAAAUCUGACAACUGGGCAGAUACAUCUUUCGGACGGGAAGUUAUGAAUGUGGUAAAGAAAAACAACUCGAGCUACAAAAAGGCAGUAAAAGAGUCGGACUCUGAGGAUUCCCAGAGCGAGUGCAACAGCGAGCUGGACGACCUGCUGGACGAGGCGCUGGACGAGAGCGAUGGACCCACGCCGCCUAAACUUAACAAGAACGGCAGCCUGUCCUCAACCAGUUUCGUAUACCAGGACAAGGAUAAGCAGUUCAAGUCGCCGCUGAAGACGCAGCCAGCCACGCCGCGCGCCGACAAGGGCGCCGAGCUCGUGCACAGCGUCAGCUUCUACAGGAGGAUGCAGAGCGCGUCGUCAACGCCAUCGACGCCAAUGCGCGUCAUCCGGCACACGUCUCCCGAGCGGGAGAUCCCGGCCACGCCCGACGAGCCCGCCGUGAACGUUACGACCGUGCGACAGCGGAUCAAAGAGCUGCAGGCAGAGGUCGCUAAACAGCAGACUGUCAUAUCACAGGCCAGUCAAGCUCUGAACCUGUGCGCAGCUACUAUAGAGUUCAGCGGAUCUACCGAACAAGCGGAAGGCGAAAGACUGCUUCUACUUGCAACCCACCGCCGCCAAGCGUGCCUACACGAGAUCCAGCGCUUGCAGGUAGAGGGCGCCGGCGCGGGCGCCGCCCCCGGCAUGGCGGCCACACACAUCGACAGUCUCAGCGUGCCGCUACGGAGGGAAUACGUGCGGCAACUCAACGCAGAUGGCGCCGUUGGCCACCACGCAGUAUGCCUGCUCAAGUGCCGCGAUCGAGUGCUAGCUACCAGCAUGCAGCUGACACAGCCCACCACCCAUCUGUUACACUUCCCCGAUGAAAUCCGUAUGGAGGGACUCGCCAGCGAUUUUAAAAUAACCGUGGAAGUUUACUUAUUGCAAGCUUCAAAAGAAAUACUACCGCAUGAGGUUAAAUACCAUAUCUCGAAUAAAAAGUGUAACAACAAGCUCCUGACGCCCAAGUCCAAGGUGUCGGAGCUAAAGACGCCGCGAGUCCAGAGUCCGGGCGGGCCUCUCUCGGUGCGCAGCCCGCAGCUGCAGCUGCACGGCUACUGCAUCUUCGCGCUGCAGCAGACCAGCCGCAAGAGCUUCACCCUCAACAAGGUCCCCGGCGGCAGUCCCCUGGAAGGCUCCAUCAACCUCGGCAUCAAGGCCCGGCUGCGGGUCUCGCCGCCGGCCUCGCACGCGGCCUUCCUCACCGCCUUCGACGACGUCUCCGGCCUCGGGGCCUGGCACCGCCGCUGGUUCCGCCUGCAGCCCCCAAGGCUCGCCUACUGGAAGUACCCUGAUGAUGUGCAGAAAAAGAUGCCGAUCGGCGACAUCGAUCUGACAACAGUAAUAUCUGACAAGAUUGUCCGCGCCCCGCGCGACCUGUGCGCGCGGCCGAACACGCUGCUGCUCGAGACAACCGUGCCCACUGGCCUCAUCGUACCCGACUCCGGGUCGCUAGUCUACUUCAAGCGGGCCGACGGGGCGGUAGUCAGGAGACACCUAUUAGCUGCUGAUACGGCGAAGGAUAGGGACGAGUGGCUGGAGUGUCUUAAUAAGGCGCUCGAGUAUGUCAGGUGCUGUCCUGAUGAUGAGUAA